CCGGACGAAUACGUCUCUCAAUCCCUUUGGUUACCCUGCGGAGCCCGGGGAGUCUUCGGAGGUCAAGUCAUCGCUCAAGCUCUGUCCGCUGCUGGUCAUACCGUCGCCCCUUCACUGGGACUCCACAGUCAACAUUGUUACUUCGUUCUUCCUGCAGCAGCCGAUACUCACAUUUACUACUUGGUGGAGAAAGUGAGAGACGGACGAAGUUAUUCGACUCGUUUAGUGAAAGCGAAGCAAAGUGAAAAAGUGGUUUUCAUUCUCAUUGCAAGUUACACCUCUCCCCCAUCUCCCCAGAUCAGCCAGAAAUUCCCCUCAUCGAGGCAAGAAUCAAUCUCCCCGGAAGAUGAAGUCAAGAUGUCUCAUUCUCUGCGUUUCUCUCUGACAAACAAAGGGUCUAUUGAGCAAAAUAAGUCUCGCCGUAAAUCAAGCAGAAUACCAAGCUUUCAACCCCGUUUCCAAAUACCCGGUCCGGAUGAUAUCGUCGCAUGGGAAGAAAGCGAGGAAGAAGAGAAUAGAUGGCAGAGGGUAUUGGACACUCGAGGAUCAGCUAUUGUUGGAAAAUACCGGACAGCAUUAGAAGAGUAUAUAAAGGAACGUCGAGAAUCUCCCGUCAGUCUCACUGUCGCUAGACGUAAAGGGAAGAGAGGAGAUGUGGAACUGGAUAGGAGUGUGAGAAUGCUAUGGCUCAAAGCUCGUCUACGACCUGGGGAAGAACCCAGUGAAGAGAUCAUCAAGAUCAUGAUAGCUUACAUGUCGGAUUUCCAAUUCAUCGGAACGGCCGCCCGUUCCGUUGGUCUUUCAAGAGCUUCCUCACCCAGAUUGGGAAUGCUAGCUUCACUCGAUCACAGCAUUCAUUUCUACCCUUUCCCAGAGAGGUUUCGAGCAGAUGAACCUUUAUUACACGUGAUGGAAAGUGCUUUAGCUGAUGUUGGGAGUGGUAGAGGUGUGGUGAGGGGUACCAUAUAUACUCAGAGGGGAGUUUUAAUUGCGACGACUCUGCAGGAGGGGGUGAUGAGAGUGGACAGUAAGGGAAGGGAGAAGGGUUUGGUAGAAGGCGGUGUG